AAUCUGGACGAUCAAUAAGUCAGUUAAAGAUGGCUCUUGGUCGCAGUUGAAUCUCCUUGAUUCAGAACAGGGGAAAGUCCCGAUGCAUCGACGAUGACAUCAGGGUACCUUGUGGCUGCAACUGGAUUCAAAAGAUUCACAUACAGUGAGUUGAAAAAGGCAACACGCGGUUUUCAUGAAGAGAUUGGACGGGGAGGAAGUGGGGUGGUUUACAAGGGAGUUUUACCGGAUCAACAAAUUGCAGCCAUUAAACGACUUAAUAUUGAAGCACAUCAAGGAGAGGAUGAAUUCCUCGCAGAAGUGAGCACAAUCGGCAGGCUUAAUCACAUGAACUUGAUUGAGAUGUGGGGAUACUGUGCAGAGGGGAAGCAUAGGCUUUUAGUGUAUGAAUACAUGGAAAAUGGAUCGUUAGCAAAUAACCUCAUGUCUAAUUCACUUGAUUGGAAGAGAAGGUUGGAUAUUGCGGUGGGCACCGCCAAAGGCCUGGCUUAUUUGCAUGAAGAGUGCUUGGAAUGGGUUCUGCACUGUGAUGUAAAGCCUCACAACAUACUCUUGGAUUCCAACUAUCAUCCUAAAGUGUCAGAUUUUGGAUUAUCCAAACUACUGAAUCAAGACAGUCCUAAAGGUUCAGGCUUCUCCAAGAUUAGAGGAACAAGAGGUUACAUGGCGCCUGAGUGGGUUUACAAUCUUCCCAUCACUGCCAAAGUCGACAUAUAUAGCUAUGGGAUUGUGUUGUUGGAAAUGAUGACAGGGAAGAGCCCAAGUGUAGGUGUCCCUGUUGUUGGAACCAAUGGAGAGAAAUGGCACCAAAGAUUAGAAACUUGGGUGAAAGGGAAGAAGAUGGGUGCUUCUGCAACAUGUUGGGUUGAAGAGGUACUGGACCCUGCCAUGGGCUACGAUUAUGACAGAAAUGAACUGGAAAAUCUACUGGAGGUGGCAAUCAAAUGUACAGAAGCCGAUAGACAUGGAAGACCAUCAAUGAGCCAAGUAGUUCAAAUGCUUGUGAGGGGACGAAAUUGAUGCUAAGCAACGCAAUAACAUGACUGCCAGGAGACCCUGACAGAUAGGCCUCAGCAUCUUUUCAAUAAUCUUUCAACAUAUUACCUCUUUUUCAGUGUCGAUUGGUUUAUUAUUCAAUGAUUCUAUUUUGACGUGAAA